ACUUCGACCUAUCCGCUCUACGGAAUCCAAACAGCUGCGAGCGCAUCACGUGGUGUGACGGGGUGCCCCGGCCCCGGAGCCAUGGAGGCGAUCGGCAUCGACGAGGAGGACGCUGGCGGCGCUGGCGGCGCUGGGCCGAGCGGGGACCAGACGGCGGGUCGGGACCCCGACUCCAACCGGGACUCGUGCAACUCGGAGGACUCACAGAGUCGAGGGGCAGCAGCAAUCGCCGGGAUGGCCACGGCCGAGUCGCAGCCCGCGUCGUCGCGAUCUCCAUCGUCGUCGUUGUUGUCGUCUUCCUCAUCAUCAUCGUCGUCGUCGUCUUCAUCAUCGUCAACAUCUGCAGGAGCUGUUGAUGGCGCCAGCCGUGUUGACGCCGUCUCCUCGCCGCCGUCAGCCUUCGUUCCCCGUGGCUCUCCUCCCUCGCCUGCUCCCCUCAUCAUCUCCGCCGUGCCUAACCACGGCCCUCGGCCUUCGGCAGGGAUCCGAUUCCGAGACCCCAUGACCCUGGAGAGGCUAAACCUCAUGAACAUGGCCAAGCUGAGCAUCAAAAGCCUGAUUGAGGCGGCGUUGGCACUUGGCAGGAGCCUCGACUCGGACUACGCGCCACUGCAGCAGUUCUUCGUCAUCUUGGAGCACUGCCUGAAGCACGGCCUCAAAGUGAAGAAAUCUUUCCUGGGCCAGAGCAAGUCCUUCUGGGGACCCCUGGAGUUGGUUGAGAGGCUCUGCCCUGAAGCGGCCGAGAUCGCCGUCAGCGUCCGUGACCUCCCCGGAUUAAAGACUCCAGUGGGCAGGGGCCGGGCGUGGCUGCGACUCGCCCUCAUGCAGAAAACGCUCUCCGACUACAUGAAGGCUCUCGUCGCACGCAAGGACUUGCUCAGUGAGUUUUACGAGCCCGGUUCACUGAUGCUGGAGGAGGAAGGAGCGGUGAUAUCGGGGAUGAUGGUCGGACUCAACGUCCUUGACGCCAACCUGUGUAUGAAGGGAGAGGACCUUGACACACAGGUGGGAGUUAUAGAUUUCACCAUGUACCUGAAAGAUGGAUCAAGCAGCGAUGAUAAUGGAAACGCCAACAUGACUGCCGUGCUGGAUCAGAAAAACUAUCUGGAGGAGCUGAACAGGGGAUUGAACGUCUCCUUGGGAAACCUGCAGUUGAAAGUGGAAAUCCUGGAGAAAGUCAACAAGACCAUGGUGGAGGAGCUCGCCGUGGUGAAGCGUAACGAGUUGGAGCUGAGGACCGAGGCGGAGAAGCUGCGCUCGGAGAACGCCACGCUCGUGGAGAGCACACACCGUAAAAUGGAGGCAGUGCGAGUGGACAUGGACACGGAGCUGCAGACAUACCGGCAUUCGCGUCAGGGUCUGGACGAGCUGUACAGCGAGGCUCGCAAGCAGCUGCGCGAGGAGUCCCAGCUGCGCCUGGAGGUGGAGAACGAGUUAGAGCUCCAGAUCUCCAUGAAGCAGGAGAUGGAGAUGGCCAUGCGUCUGCUGGAGAAGGACGUACACGAGAAGCAGGACGCCCUCGUUUCGCUGCGCGAGCAGCUGCAGGAGGUCAAGGACAUCAACAUGGACAUCUCGCACAAAGCGCAGAGUGCGGAGGCGCUGCUCAAGCAGAAGAUGGAAGGCGUCCGUGGUCUGGAGGAGAGGAACGGACAAAUGACCGCGACCGUCAAACAGUUGGAGCAGAAGCUGCGUCAGAGCGAGCGGGAGAGACAGACGGCGGAGGAGGAUGGGCGGAGGUUCCGGCAGGACUUCGGAGAGAAGAUCGGAGGCCUGCAGAGACAGUUGGAUGAGAGAGACAAGCAGCGGGCCCAGUUGGAGGCCGACCUCAAGAUCGAGCGCGAGUGGCGGCAGGCCCUGCAGAAGGAGCUCCAGCGGGAGAAGGAGGCUGCGGCGACACUGCAGACCGAGCUGCGAGCCUUGCAGGGCGUCAAGCAGGAGCUGCAGAGGAGCCAGGAGGAGAACCGGAGGCUGAAGGGCGCGUUGGACGAGCAGGAGCAGACCCUGCAGGAGCUCGGAGGAAAGCUGAGCGAGUACGACGGAUCAAAGUUGAAGAUGGAAGACAUCAAGGAGGUUAACAAGGCACUACAGGGUCAGGUGUGGCUGAAGGACCAGGACGCCACGAACUGCAAGCUCUGCGAAAAGGAAUUCUCCAUCUCUCGGCGCAAGCACCACUGUCGGAACUGCGGGGAGAUCUUCUGCAACUCGUGCUCGGACAACGAGCUGCCCCUGCCGUCGUCCCCGAAGCCGGUGCGAGUGUGUGACCUGUGCCACGCGCUGCUCCUGCAGAGAUACUCAUCAGGCGCCGUCUGAGCUCACGCACACACGCACACACGCACGUACGUACGCACGCGCCCACGUGCACACAUGCCAUACGCAUACACACAACCGCAGUCGGUGAUCUAUCCCUCCGCUUAGCGGAACGCUGCUAGGUAGUGCUGGUCGUCCGGGGCAUACGGAUCGAACGAACGUGUACAUGUCGCGGCGUUGCCUCUGUCGCUGAGGCGAUCGGAUCCGGUCGAGUUGACCAUCUGGAUUCGCUAAUUUUAAACCGAUUAAUCGCCCCGGUGUAAGGUAUUUGGCUGCUGUAAUUGUCCACGUGAUAAGCCACUUCAUUGAGCUAUCAUUUGUGGCCAGGUUGCGUCUAAAAAAAGAGCUGUAUAGUUCACUGGGCCUUAUCUGUUAAAAUAUAAAUAUUUUUUUUUAUAGUUUUUAGGAAUGAAACUGGGGCCAAUUUCCCUACCACUUUGUAGCCCGGAACCUGGGCCUCGGUGCAAUUGCACCACCUACACACUCGCGAUAGCGAGCUAUUUCCGGGGCAUGCGCGGUGUGUGAAUAUUGGCUCGCGUGACCCCGUCAAAGCUACCUAGAGGCUUGUUGCUACCUUCACCGCCGUUGGCAAAAUAAAUGUUCGGAUAUAACCGUGAACCCGAACAUUGAUAAUUCUCCGAAUCGCGAGUGAGGCAAACCGUUACGUGUCCGUGUACAAGUCAACGGUUGAGGCAGGUUCUGUUAAGUCGGCGGUUUGCUGGUUCGAAAGAGCGUGGGGAAGGUGUUUACAACCCGAAGCCGAUGGUGGAAAUUCCACAUUACUAUGGCAGGUGUGAGUGAAGCUUUUGUACAACCACUGUUGACUUGACACAAAUUGAUAUCCAUUGAACAGGAUUUUAUCUCGCUCUAACCGCGGCCCCAGGUCAUCCGGGUUGUAAGGUCGUGCGAGCCACCGCACCACUGCUCCCGACGCACGGCACCUGCCAUUCGCCACCAAGUGGCGUUGAAGUCACAAUAAUGGGAUUUGUGCCAGGCUUGAGGGCACUUUGAGGCCACCUGAAAAGUGACAGAGGCCUACCUACCGGUGGUAGAUUGCUCAUGGGACAAUCCAGGUUGCUAUGGGCUUUCGUGACUGGCAGAUGCACCAAAUACAAUCUCAACUACACACACACACAUCUACAUGUAUGCACAAGAGCUCAGCAGUGCUGCAGCUGAGCUACGGCUCUUAACACUGCUGGCAUUAGUCCUAGCGCAUUAAACUGAGGUGCCAAUGAUGUUAGUGUUUGUGCCCACACACGGGUUGCCACCUCUGAAUUACAGGAAAAUGACGGCAUAUCCCAGCAAGAAUGUCUCAUACGUACACAGAGGGGAGAACUGCACUUAAAUGAAAUGCCUUGGGUGCUGUAUUUUUAUUCAAAUGACACUGGGGUCUUUUUUUUUAACAUCCUGGGAAGACCACAGAUAAAAAAUACCAGAAAUCUCACAGAUGUACCAGGACAAAUUCCUGAUAAUGACGUCCUGGGAAAACCGGGACAGGUGGCAACCUCUCGCCCCAACACGCCUGCACAUGUUUGUUCUCGGCGCUGCGUGGGUGUUGCUCUUUGCUUUUUUGUUGUUCUGAUCGUUCAUCUCUCGCCUCUGCACAAAUGAGGGGUUUAGUUGGGAGUCCCAGGACGUGGUCUCCUUCCUUGGUCCCGGCCGCUAGCCGCGGUGGGUGGGUAGGGUUGCGGAUAUGAGGGUUCGUUUGAUUCCGCAUAGUCCCUCUCGAGCGCGUGCCGUGCACGCAACGUUCAGCCAAUGGUUAUCGUCCGCGUUACUGACGCCGCUCCGUUUCGAAACUCGCGCGACAAGGAAGUCCAUUCCACGGGUGCGCUAACAACCGCUGCUGCUACUACUGGCAUUAUUGCACGCGCGGUUAUUUUGGCGCGAUUAAAGAUGCAACCCUACCAACAAACGGGUGUUUUUUUUUUCAAGUCCGAAUCAGAAUCUUUAUCUUGGAGGAAUCCGAUGAGCUAUGAAGCUCAAAUUCACAGAUGUCCAGCAGGGUCCAGGGUCAGCAAGUUACAAAAAAUACAAUGUGUACAUACCUGAUUAGGAAUGUAAACAAUUGAAAUACAUGGCAGUGAACCGUGCAUACGAGAAUUGAUUGUUUGCGAUGCCGAUUAUACGUGGUGUGAGUUUAGGCAGAGAGAAUUAAUACAAGUGUACGUGUUAGAAGAAGAAAAAAACGAUCCUAAUGAGAUGGCAAAGAUGACAAAAAUAUUCUCGGACCAGGACCCCAAAUUUCUGAUGAUGAAAUUCUCUUGGGGAAUUAUUGCACGGCUGGUUUCCAGACUUGUUCGCAUGCUGACACCGUUUAUGAAGCUUUGUUCUUGAGGUUGACCUUGCAAUGACUUUUCAGGUCUACUCAAAUGACACUCCACACCGAUUUUCAUACACCACCACUGCAGUCACGAGCUAAAAAAGUUACAGCAGUCACUCUGCAGUGAUAUCAUUGGACGGGACAUCUGAAAGUGAAGUCUUUUUUUUCUUCUUCUCCAUUAACCAAGCUCCAUACUCGUACAGGAGAGCCCACACACCGAUGCGUAAAUAAAAACACGAGCAGUUUUAGUUUUUUUCGGUUGCGUGUUUGUGUCGGCAUGGGUAACAGCAAAGCGCAAAAUUGCAAUCUCAAAAAACCCAUGGGCAAGCGGGAAGGCAACCCGACUGAACCUGUGCCAACAAUUUGCUUGACCUCUGUGAUCCUAUAUUGAGAUGCUGGCCAACGCCAUGAAUGUCGGUUCUGUUAGGAGUAUCUGGGGACUCCCGACAGCCGUGCCUCCACUUGCCGAUGCUUACAAACGGCAGUCCCAGCUGUGGUGGGGGGGGGGGGGCGGAGUGUUUGCGAUGGGAGUGCCUUGGUUGCAUCGUGAUGCUUAAAGCGCGGGGUCAAAUGACUGAACUGAUUUUCCACACGCUGAAGCCAAUGCAUGCAAGUCGUUGGGCCAGAAAAACAAUGAAUCUGAAUUGUCAAUACAAAUCUGAGUGCUUUUAUUAUACAAAUAUAACAAUCUAUUUAAAAUAUAUACGAUUUAAAAAUGUGUAUUUUAAUAUUCUAAGUGUAUAUAGUAAUUUACAGUGGUCAGUCCACUGCCGGAUGACAGUCUCCCCACACAGCGGCAGUCAUGAAAUUGUUUGACCAUACUUCACCAUGCUGGUCAGUGCAAGAUGGUGCAUUAGUACCGGUUAAUGUAAUAUCACUCUCCACCAAUGUUAGCUGUGGCCAGUGAUUGAAGCCUGCUAUGCAUACCAGAGCAGCCCCAAACCUUGCCCCCCAAACUUAUACUGAAAUAAAAACUAUUCGCCAAGAACAAAGUAAAACACGCGAUUAUAAUUUUACACGUUACCAAUAUGAAAUGGAAAAGAUAAUUCGUGUUGUGGUGUAUUUGCAUGCGAGGGAGUUUUAACGUUCAUUGGCUUCAGCAGUGUCGUGGGUGAGAGGACUUGUAAAGGAUAUUUUUAUAUGUGUAUAAACUAAAUGUUUAUUUUACAGCAUGCCAGGUAGAGGCUACGUGCGCCGAUGCAGUCGUUUACCGCGUCGAUGCUGAUCCAAAUGAGAUUUUGUCCAGAGCUGUAUUUUUUAUUCGGAACGCCAACAUUUUACAGAAGUCAAAACAUCAACGCAUGUCCACCGGGGUUGUGAAUAAAGCUGCUUGAGACCAUUUGUACCAUCGUUGGCUUGCUAAAAAUGUUUCUGUACAGUUGGGUCAGAAAAGAUGAAAAUUUCAAUCUGUCACGUUGGUUGCUUUAGGUUUUCUGGAAAUAAAAUUUUGUAGUCGA